CUGCAAGUUAAGAAAUUGUCAGCUCUGCGAAGUUUGUUUCAAGAGUGAAGCCUUCAUUGGCUAAUCUCUCACCAUAUGCAACCAAAUAGUUUUAUAGCGUAUAUGAUUUUUUGCUUUUUUAGUAGAUGCAAGGCAAAUUCCAGUAGCCACGUCAGCUCUCUAGAUGUGGAAAACUGCCAGGUCAUUUGCAUCAAGCGUGGCACGAAAUCCUCGUCUCACCCGUUUUGUCCUUCAAUCUCCUAAGCAGGUAGAAUUGGAAUUUGAUGAUGGAAAAAAAUUUAUAAUGUCUGCCGAAUUUCUUCGUGUUCAAAGUCCCGCUGCGGAUAGCAAAAUAAGAACCGUAAAGGGUGAAAAGAUUAUAUCUGGGAGACGGUAUGUAGGAAUAAUGUCAGCAGAAACUGUUGGCAAUUAUGGAAUAAGAGUAACUUUUGAUGAUCUGCACAAUACAGGAAUUUACACAUGGGAUUACUUAUACAAUCUAGGAAACAAUAAAUUUACUUUGAUGAAAGACUACAUCAGAACUCUAAAGAAGUAUAAUCUAAGUCGAGAUCCAAAAAAGAGACGAUAGCCAAGAGCAGAGACCACUCAACUUUGGAAGUACUUGAAGAUCCUUUCUCCUCCAUUUGAACUUGUGACUAAGAUGGCAUAGUUGGAUUGACUAAAAUAUGAGAUAUUUCUCAAGAGUUCCUUUUUUGAAUCUUAUCAAAUGCAAUAUUGUUCUUUGGCACGAUACCUUUCCUGGGUGGGUUCUCUGUUUGGGAAGCUGGCUCUAUAAUUGAUUUGGUACAUAGAAACAAUUUUGACCUUGGCAACAUUUCUUAUGUCAAAGUCAUUGCAAGACAGGUUAGGAUUUAAAAUUCAAGUGUUUCAGAAUUCCGGAACAGGGAUCAACAUUAAAGUAUUGGUAGGUUGAUUUUGCUAAUACUGAAAUUUUAAACUGCAGGAAUUGGAGUGUAUUGAUAGAUAGCGUGGAAAUAUAUCAAUUUAAUUUC